AUGCCUCUCGAUAAAGGAAAAUCGAAACUUCCCACCUUCUUCAGGCCUAAAUUCCCCUGGGCCACGCCAAACCCCUCAUCACAGCAAACCUCUGAUCCUUACGAGCCACUCCCACAAUCCACACGACCGCAAACACCCCGAAUAUUAGCUGUCGAGAUCCCCCUAAAUGUGCUCCGGCCGGUUGCGUUCAGAGUUUUUACAAAGAAACACAACUUGACACUCAAGUCCGAUGCGCUAGCACUAUUGUGCUCUUUUGUCGGGCGGCGGUGUGGCGCCGAGUGGAGGGAUAGCGGUGCGGGAGAAAAGCUGCUGGACGAGGUAGCCCGGCAAUGGCGACGCAAUGAGGGUGCCAAUGGGGUGUUAGUUGAUGGAGGGGAGGGACUGAAGAGUGUUAUAAGGGGGCUGGAAGUCGGUGGCGAUUCAGUGGGCCUGAGUAGGGAGAAAAGUUUCGAUAUAACUGAGGUACCGUCGAGUGCGUUGUACGGCGGCGGGGCGGGUAUGGAUGACAUUGCAGCAGCAGCGGAUGCUGGCGAGCUGGAGGAUGUAGAGCCUUGCGCAUACCUCAAGGUUAUCGAUGCAUUUUCGCAACCCAAAUUCGCUUAUAACCCACUCAAGAAACAGUUCGAGAAAGCGCCAAAACCAUCGUUAUUACCCCCUCCACAGACAAAGACUCAAUUAUUUCGAACGAGAUACAAUCUUCUACACCAGCGUCUUCUCCGGACGGAAACCUUUCAGCUUCCAACAUUCUCAGCAGCUUCCAGCUCCGCUGCCAAAGCUGUAAACAGAUUGACCCCGAUAUCUAAUCUCCUCGGCCGCUCAGGCCAAAGCUUUCUACUAUUCGGUAUGCUUGGAGUAAGCCCUUCUGGGUUGCUCAUCCUCCUGGACCCCUCGGGAGAAAUUGUUCUCGAUCUAUCCAUUGCGACAGCAAUCCCAGAAGACGGGUCCUGGUUUACGCCAGGCUGCUUCUGCAUUUUGGAUGGAGCCUUUGAGGAAACUGGGAAGUUUACGGUUUUCACAGUCGGCCAACCAUGUGCCGAGCGACGGGCGACGUCGGUAGAGGUAUUUGGCCAUGUCGACUUUUUGGGUAAUGGUGUUACAUUGGAUAUGUCAGUUAGUUCUGGUGGUCAGCAAGGGCGUAUACUGCGGAAGGCGGAGAAAUCCCUAGAACACGUCAAGUAUCUCUUUAUCGGAGAAGUGGAAUUGGAUGGUAAAGGCACGUUAAGGGCGCUAAGGAAGGUGUUUUCAGAAUAUGAGACGGAGCCACCACUAGUAGUCGUACUCAUGGGAAACUUCUGCAGCGUAGCUAUGGGUUCUAGUGGUGGUAGUGUUGGAUAUAAAGAAUACUUUGACCAAUUGGCCUCCCUCCUUCAAGACUUUCCAACCUUAACCUCCUCAAGCACCUUCAUCUUCGUACCUGGUGAUAACGAUCCUUGGGCCUCCACCUUCUCUGGCGGCGCCUCGACUACUCUCCCCCGAAAACCCAUCCCCGAGAUCUUCACGACAAGGAUCAAGCGUGUGUUUACACAAUCCCGCGGCCCAAAUUCCGCCAUCUGGGCCAGUAACCCCUGCCGAAUAGGCUACUUCACGCAAGAAAUAGUAAUGUGCCGCGAUGACAUUUUCAGCCGCUUCCAACGCAAUGCAAUCAAUUUUAAAAAGUCCGACCACCCAAUGGAAGACGCACUAUCGCAGCCAGAGGCAACAGGAGAUGAGGGUGAGGAGAUCGACAUUAAGACCAAGAACACCAAGGUUUCCUAUCCCCAUUCUCCAUCCCCACUAGACCGAUUUUAUGGGAUUAUUGGCAUACUCUUAGCCUUUACCCGCUACCUAGUGCUGCAACUUGUCCUUGCGGAUCCGAGAAUGCAGCCAUCUGCGAUUACGUAUGAGUCUUGUCAUGUAAUGAACCCUGGAAAACUGGUGCAGAGGAGGAUGGCUCGGUGGGUGGAGUAUUCGCCGUCAAUUGGGAAGGGGAAGGUGUGUGAGGCCGGGUUUUAA